GAUUUAUUAGUUCUGACAAUAAUGGAUGAUACGUGUAGAACUGACAUAAGUUGAAGUUAGUAGAAAAAGCCAGUGAAAUCACUGUUUAAGAAAGAAAAGCUACUAGAGACGGAAUUCAAGCUGAAGGCAUCUGAAUUUGUUUACGAGUUCACAGAAAUGCCGUUGGAUAUGUGUCACUGUAAAGAGCAAGCAUUACUCACAAUCGCAGUUUGUUUGUUUCUGUUGAAUGCUAACCAGGCUUCCGCCGAAGUUGAAGUAAACUGCAGUCUAAUGCAACUGUCUUCGAACUGUUUUGAAACACCAUGCCCAAGAUGUGUACGUCUUUCAUGUCUGUCAAGAAAGCCGUAUGUUUUCAAGGAUGGAAAUACUACUGAUGGGUUUCUUUAUGCUCUGGUAAACCUCAUGUUAAACAAAUGUUGUGGAAACCUCACCUCAAGCUGUUGGCAAGUGAUCCACCGUUCCCCAGAAACAGAUCCCGAACAGCUGCUAAGCACAGUGAAGGACUCUCACAUUAUAUACCCAGUGUUAGUGGACAAGCAGGACAUGGCAAGCGAGAACCGUCACUUGAUUGGUCUCGUCCCCCCUGGUAGCAUAGCUUUCAUUGUUCCUAAAGGAGAGCCGGAUAGUUAUCCAAAGAAGCUAUUGAUGGCAGUAUUCGAAGCUUGGCCGGUGUUGAUAGUAACAAUUCUCCUAUCAAUUUUGGCGGGAGCUUUUCUGUGGCUUUUGGAUACAUGGUUUAACGAGGAACAGUUCCCUCGAACAUUCUUUAGAGGAUCUUGGGAAGGAUUCUGGUGGGCCUUCGUCUCCAUGACAACAGUGGGAUAUGGAGACCGUUCCCCUCGAUCCAUCCUUGGUCGGACCUUUGCAGUGGUCUGGAUAUUAGUCGGAGUCUGUAUUUGUUCCAUAUUCACUGCUACUUUAACAACCUCACUGACGGCCAUUAGUCUGGAUACCAAGAAGAGCCUACCUGGCUCAAAGGUCGGCGUUCUCAAACGAUCAAUAGAAAUGGCAUUGGGAAUGCAACAUCAAGCCGACUUAAAAUUAUACAAUUCAGUUGAGGACAUGAGGAACGCCUUGGAUCAAGAGGAAAUUGAAGGUGUACUCUUGGAUAAUUACCAAAUUAGUCAUUAUACCGAAACCCUUUUUCCGAGAAGUAAGUUCAAAAUAGAUGACGUCCUUAAAGAAGAGACGCUUUCCUACGGUGCUAUGGUGAAUGAUAGCUUUUUAGCACAAUGUUUUAACAAAUUGAUCGCUGAAGACAAGUACCUGAUUUACGACUUUACCAAGAAAGAACUCAAUAAAACACUGAAGGGAGGAGGAAACGAGGCAGUGCGGAACUCCCAGAGUAUCUUUGAUCCCACCGGUGAUUUGUUCUUUCCUUCGUUGUACUCCUGCCUCAUUUUGAUAGCCGUUAUUUUCUUAAUUGGCUUAACAGCUGAAGUGUUGUUCUUUAAAUCAUGCCGAUGUCCAAAGACGAAACGUAAAAAGGAUGAAGAGUUCACAGAAGCAAUAGCAAUGAAUGAAUCUAAUGGCAGGCUUCCAUCUCUUGAUCAGCUGGAGAGUGAAAUGAUGAGUGAUAUACAGGCUUUGUUUGCCAAGUACCGCGAAAGGUUUCAGGAGUGUGAAAAAGCUAAAAAAAACCGAAACGCCUUUACUGUGCAUUCCUCCGUGUGAACAAAAGCAAAACAGCAAAACCUGUCUAAAUAUCUGACACAAAAGGCCUUAACUAAUUGAUAAAUCAAAUCGUGUCUUGGUUCCUGAAAUACCUGGGUAGCCUUUGACGGGAUUUGUCUACGCUCUUGUCACAAGGAGGAGGACUGAUCUACCGCGUCUACUAAAAGUUGGUGGACACUUAGCUUUCACUAGUACUAAAAAUAUGAUUUAAGACUUUGCGAGAUAACUAAAGAACAAUCCUAGAUAGAUCCAGUCCUCAUUGAAUAAGCGCUUGAAAAAUCAAAUACAGCUGUAAAAAGGCGAAAAACAUAAAUACACUAAUAAACAGAAGAGUUAGCAGA